CGUACUGACUGCGAAGGGACCCAAGAUGGCUGAAUACUCACGGGGGGACCAGUUAGCAAUUAUCUGAGCAAGACGUCGCAAAUGAAUGGCAAAUAGACGUAUGAUGUAAAGUGUUACCUUCAGAUAAUUACGCGACUACGUUUAAUAAGUCUGCAUAAUUUUGGGGAUGCAUGAAUACCAGUAUGGAGAGAGUGGUCUCUCCGCGGCCCCGAGCCAGAACAUGGCGGAACACUUGGGGCAGAAAUAGCGGCUAACGCUAACUAGCUGGCGUAUUAUUCCGACACCAUUGAAAACAUUUGUCAGGGGUUAACACGGUGUUUGUGGGUCGCGGGUGUGAAAUGGUGUUAUCGGUGCUAAACUAUAGUCAUCUUACUUCAGAUAGUUCUGAAUGUUGAUUAUGUGGGGCUGAAGUAGUUAGCGUACUUGCUAACUAGUUUACUCGAUAGGUCUGCUCGCUAGCGUAUCUAGCUAACGUUGCCCUCAAGCGUACAGACUGUACUAAUACAUAGGCAGGGUGUUUUUGUAGUCAGUGGUCGUAAUAUCUUUGCGUAUUCUUCAACCGCAUCAUACAGUUUUCUUUUGGUAGUCGAUAGUGAAUGUCUGUCAUUUGUACGGACAAUUAACACCUUAGCAAACAUUGCCCUCUGCACUGUAAAUUGACUGCUAGCUUGCUACAAUGGUCUGAAACCUGAUUUUGUGUGUUGCGUUGCCUGUAACGCUGAAGCGUAACUUGUGACACAGUUCGUCAAAAUAAUCAUAUACCGUAGCUGAGCCGAUCGUAGACUUUUCCUCUACUCACAUCCAGGUGUAUCACUUGUAAGGUGCCUCAUAUAAGUGUCAACCUGGCUGAUCCUGACUCAUGUAAAGUCAUUACCGUAUUACAGAAGUGUACAGGUGUAAAAAAGAAAAAGUGAACUGAAGUUGUGGCGUCACCAAGUGAGGCAGACAUCCAUUAAUAGCAAAGAAGGUGCCACUACUUGUCAGGAUGACGGAUACUCGCCGACGGGUCAAAGUCUAUACACUCAAUGAGGAAAGACAGUGGGAUGAUCGUGGGACCGGCCACGUCUCCUCGGCUUAUGUGGAGCGACUGAAAGGCACAUCUCUACUAGUGCGAGCAGAGAGCGAUGGUAAGUUAAUGGAAAGUAAUAUAGCUUCUCAUAAAAGUCCUAUUGACAACACAGACCACCCCUGUAAUCCGAUAGGUUCCCUACUGCUGGAAUCAAAAAUCAACCCAAACACUGCAUAUCAGAAACAACAGGAUACAUUGAUAGUAUGGUCAGAGGCAGAAAAUUAUGAUUUGGCACUCAGUUUCCAAGAGAAGGCUGGCUGUGAUGAAAUCUGGGAGAAAAUAUGCCAGGUGCAGGGGAAAGACCCAUCAGUGGACAUCACACAGGAUGUAGUAGAUGAGUCUGAGGAGGAGCGCUUUGAUGACAUGUCGUCACCGGGUCUGGAGUUGCCGCCAUGUGAACUGAACCGCUUGGAGGACCUGGCUGAGCUGGUGGCAUCCUCACUCCCAUCUCCACUGCGACGUGAGAAACUGGCACUCGCUGUGGAGAACGAGGGCUACAUUCGCAAGCUCCUGGAACUAUUCCGUGUCUGUGAGGAUUUAGAGAACCGAGAGGGACUGCACCACCUGUAUGAAAUCAUUAAAGGCAUCUUCCUGCUAAAUCGCACUGCACUCUUUGAGGUUAUGUUCUCUGAUGAGUGCAUCAUGGACGUCAUUGGUUGUCUGGAGUUUGACCCAGCACUCCCACAGCCACGGCGACAUCGGGAGUUUCUCACAAAGACGGCCCGCUUUAAGGAGGUGAUCCCCAUCUCUGAUCCUGAACUGCGUCAGAAAAUACACCAGACAUAUCGGGUGCAGUAUAUUCAGGACAUGGUGCUGCCCACUCCCUCUGUUUUCGAGGAAAACAUGCUGUCCACCCUGCACUCCUUCAUCUUCUUCAACAAGGUGGAGAUUGUGGGCAUGCUACAGGAUGAUGAGAAGUUCCUAACAGACCUCUUUGCACAGCUAACAGAUGAGGCUACUGAUGACGACAAAAGACACGAGCUGGUGAAUUUCCUAAAGGAAUUCUGUGCAUUUUCACAAACGUUACAACCUCAAAACAGAGACGCCUUCUUCAAGACAUUGUCAAACAUGGGCAUUUUACCUGCACUAGAGGUCAUACUGGGAAUGGAUGACGUUCAGGUGCGUGGGGCAGCCACAGAUAUCUUCUCGUAUCUGGUGGAGUACAACCCCUCCAUGGUACGAGAGUUUGUCAUGCAGGAGUCUCAGCAAAAUGAUGAUGACAUCCUCCUGAUCAACCUGAUCAUCGAACACAUGAUCUGCGAUACAGACCCAGAACUAGGUGGGGCGGUGCAGCUGAUGGGCCUGCUACGGACUCUGGUGGACCCAGAGAACAUGCUGGCCACAGCAAAUAAAACGGAGAAGACAGAGUUUCUGAGCUUUUUCUAUAAGCACUGUAUGCACGUCCUCUCAGCUCCACUAUUGGCCAACACCACAGAGGAAAAGCCGAGCAAAGAUGAUUUUCAAACAUCCCAGUUGCUGGCCCUGAUCUUGGAGCUGCUGACAUUUUGCGUUGAGCACCACACGUAUCACAUCAAGAACUACAUCAUCAACAAGGACAUUCUCAGGAGGGUACUGGUGCUCACAGCCUCUCAGCACGCAUUCCUGGCCCUGUGUGCUCUGCGUUUCAUGCGAAGGAUCAUUGGUCUGAAGGAUGAAUUCUACAAUCGCUACAUCAUGAGGAACUUCCUUUUUGAGCCCGUAAUCAAGGCUUUCCUCAACAACGGAUCACGCUACAAUCUCAUGAACUCGGCCAUCAUUGAGAUGUUUGAGUAUGUCCGUGUGGAGGAUGUGAAGUCUCUCACAGCUCAUAUAGUUGAAAACUACUGGAAGGCCCUGGAAGAUGUGGAUUAUGUCCAGACAUUUAAAGGCCUAAAACUGCGGUAUGAACAGCAGAGGGAGAGACAAGACAACCCUAAACUGGAUAGCAUGCGCUCCAUCCUGAGGAACCAUCGCUUCCGCCGUGACGCCCGAACUCUGGAGGAUGAGGAGGAGAUGUGGUUCAACACGGAUGAGGAUGACCUCGAGGACGGUGAGGCAGUGGUUCCUCCCUCUGACAAGAUGAAGACUGAGGAAGACCUCAUGGAACCUAUUAGCAAAUUCAUGGAGAGAAAAAAAUUGAAAGACACAGACGACAAAGAGGUAUUAGGGAAGUCCAGUUUGUCAGGCAGACAGAACCCCAGCUUCAAACUCUCCUUUUCCGGGUCCACAAAAACCAGCCUGUCCAGCCCUCCGUCAUCUGCCUCGUUGAACCCAGGGUCUCCAGGGUCACCAGGGUCUCCAGGCUCAGGGGCACGGAGCUCACCCUCCACCACGACCGUAACCACAAAGGGCGGUUUAGUGGGACUGGUGGACUAUCCCGACGACGACGACGAUGAGGAGGAAGAGGAGGAGGAGGACGGGGAGAGUAAAGAGGAACCUUUACCACCCUCCAAGAAGUCCAAACUGAGCUCCUAAAAGAAGCAUCACUGUCUCAGCUUGUGCUCUGCCUACGAUACGAGAGUAUCCGUGCAUAGACUUCACAUAAGAACGAUCAAAACUUGUAAACAAAUUGAAUGAAUGAGAGCCACCCACUCACCGUCAGCGGGUGGCCCAAAGAGGUGUAGACUGAAUGGAUUCAAAGCCUCCUCUGAAAAGCCCACGACUCGUUCAUACAAGUGCCAAUCAGGAGACCAGGAGUGAAAAACGUCUGCAAAGUGGAACAGAUGUGUAAAUGUUUGGGGGGUGGGGUGGGGGGAGGGGGGGGGGGUUGCACUUGGAAGAUCUUCAGCAGACCUGGAUAGUAUGAGACAGGUUGGCGUUGGAUGAUUUAGCAACUUGGAGGUAAAGACCACAUACAGAAACACACACAAGCAGACUGAAAUCCCAGAGAGCUUGCAGGCUUGGACCAUAACCCACUGCCCCCCGCCCCCCACUCAGGGAAGGACAUCACAGCGGCCCAGAUGGGUCGGCCAAUUCAGACCCCAGACCACCACAACUUGCACCCCCCCCCAGACUCCUUUACUUCUUUUCUCCUCUGCUCUUUCUCACUCCCUUUGUCUGUUGCUUUCUGUCCCUCUUUUUACGUUAGUGUAUAGGACCAGACGGGAGGCAGCAUGUGGCAAAGAGCUGUCCUUGUUGUCGUUUGAUGAUGUCAUCAGUGUCGUCGUUCCUCACCUGACGUUCUUUCUCUGAUGAGAAAAAAAGCCAGCAGUUUCUUCCUUAUUUCCUUUUUCUUUUUUUUCUUUAUUUGUCUCCGUCUUUCUCCUGUUUUUGUAAAUGACAAACAAAAAAGACCUGCCUUUAAAUGUUCAGGAUGUUUUUUCUGUCACACUUGAACUGGUUUUUAAAGACCUCAGUAGGUGAGCUAGUUUUACCCUUUUUGCCCUUUGAAACUGCAGAUUUUUUGGAGAAUUUGUAAUCCCGUCUUGAUUAAAGAUUGAGUGGAAUUCUAGAUGUGAUGAAUUUUGUCAUAUCUUCUCUUUUUUUUUUCUUCUUUUACAUGAGUGUACACUUAGUUGUUCAGAAUAUUUGGGACCAUUAAAAUGAUCUUUGCUGUA